AUGAGCCUGCUUUCCUCACACCAGAGUUUUGUUCCCAAUUUUAAAUGUGACAGUCAGAAAAAUAUGAUGGCUGUCAUUGGAGGGCUUCUCCCUGAAACAUCUGUCAACAUGGCCACCUUUUUAUCCCUCUACAAUAUUCCACAGCUUAUGUAUGGAUCAUUCUUCCCAAGGCAAGAUUACAAAAGGUUAUUCCCUUCUAUGUACCAAAUGGUUCCAGAUGAAAUGCAUCAGUACACAGGAGUCGUGCGUCUACUUCAUCAUUUCAGAUGGUCAUGGAUUGGUCUCAUUGCUGUUGACAAUGAUAAUGGGGAUAGAUUUUUACAGGCGAUGGUUUCUCUGUUUUCACAGAAUCAGAUCUGCUCUUCUUUUAUAUUAAGAAUACCACAAAGGACAUAUCAGGAUGAAUUUAUAAUAUUGCUUUAUGGGUUGCUGAAACAAUAUCCCGUUCUUGUAGAGAGCAAAUCCACUGUAUAUGUUGUCUAUGGAGAGCCUCCAACAAUGCACAUUUUGAGAAUGUUGCUCUAUGUGUCAGAAAACGUGCUACUUGGUGGUAAAGUGUGGAUUGUUACAUCCCACUGGGAUUUUGAAUCUCUGUCCAUACAAAAGUUUUGGGAUAUAGAAAUCUUCCAUGGUGCCAUAUCAUUUACAGUUCACUCCAAUCAGCCCCCAGGAUUCCAAAAAUUCCUUCAGAUCAUAAGACCUUUCUGGGAUCCAGGAGAUGGUUUUAUUCAGGAAUUUUGGGAGCAAGCCUUCAGCUGUUCUUUGAGAAAUUCCAAUCCUCUUGAGGAGAAUGAGAAGAUGUGCACUGGGGAAGAGAAGCUGGAGAAGCUUCCUGGGAUUUUGUUUGAAAUGAGAAUGGUUGGCCACAGCUACAAUAUCUAUAAUGCUGCUUAUGCUGUAGCACAUGCUUUGAAUGCUUUCUACUUAUCCAGGUUUAAACACAGAAGGUUGAGUGAAGGAGGCAGGAAGGCAUUUGAGAAUUUGCAGCCAUGGCAGCUCCAUCACUUUUUAAGGCGCAUGUCCUUCAACAACAGUGCAGGGGAUUCUGUGCAUUUUAAUGAAAAGGGAGAAUUAGUGGAAGCUUUUGAUGUUGCCAACUGGAUCACUUUCUCAAAUGGAUCUUUUAUUAGAGAAAAGGUGGGAAGACUGGACCCUCAGGCUCUGCAAGGCCAAGAGUUAACCCUCAAUGAUGAUCUAAUUGUCUGGCAUGGAAGCUUCAACCAGGUUCUGCCACGUUCUCUGUGCAAUGACAACUGCUAUCCAGGUUACAGCAGGAAAAAGAAGGAGGGAGAGAAAUUUUGCUGCUAUGAUUGUGCUCCAUGCCCAGAAGAGAUGAUCUCCUACCAGAUAGACAUGGAUGCCUGUGCCAGAUGUCCAGAUGGCCAUUUUCCCAAUAAGUACCAAAAUCAGUGCAUUCCCAAAUGUAUAACUUACUUUUCUUUUAAAGAACCUCUAGGGAUUAUUUUAGUUAUAUUGGUUAUUUCUUUUUCUCUGAUCAUAGCUUUGGUGCUCGGAACAUUCAUGAAGUUCCAGGAUACCCCCAUAGUCAAAGCCAACAACCGGAGCCUUACCUACACCCUCCUCAUCUCUCUCCUGCUUUGCUUCCUCUGCUCUUUCCUUUUCAUUGGACAGCCAGGGAAGGUGUCCUGCCUUUUCCAACAAAUCACUUUUGGUAUCAUCUUCUCUGUAGCCCUCUCCAGUGUUUUGGCCAAAACAAUCACAGUAGUUCUGGCAUUCAUGGCUACCAAACCAGGAUCUCGUGUGAAGAAAUGGGUAGGGAGAAGAACAGCAAAUUCUAUUGUCAUUUUCUGUUCCUUAAUUCAAGCAGGGAUUUGUACUCUUUGGCUAGCUACUUCACCUCCAUUCCCAGAUGCAGACAUGCACUCACAGAAUGAGGAAAUCAUAUUGAAAUGUAAUGAGGGUUCAGCUGCCAUGUUUUACAGUGUGAUCAGCUAUCUGGGAUUCCUUGCCAUUAUCAGCUUGAUUGUGGCUUUCUUUGCCCGGAAAUUACCUGACAGUUUCAAUGAAGCAAAAUUUAUCACCUUCAGCAUGUUGGUCUUUUGCAGUGUUUGGCUGUCCUUCAUACCAACGUACCUGAGCACCAAAGGAAAAUCCAUGGUGGCUGUGGAGAUCUUCUCCAUCUUAGCCUCUAGUGCUGGUUUACUGGGAUGCAUAUUUUCCCCUAAAUGCUACAUCAUUAUUCUAAGGCCUGAGAUGAACAAUAGGGAACAAUUAACAAAGCGGACAAAAUGA